AUAUCAGCGGGCAGACCAUAUGGAAGCAAAGACUCUUGGAAGUGCAACGCCCAGAAAACCUGUUUUAUCUGUCAGUGCGAGAAAAAUUAAGGACAAUGCAGCCGAUUGGCAUAAUUUAAUUCUGAAGUGGGAAACCCUCAAUGACGCAGGAUUUGCUACUGCCAAUAAUAUUGCCAACACGAAAAUCAGUUUAUUGCGAGCUUACGGAAUGUAUUUUGUUCCCACUCCCGUUUCAUCCAGGAGUGACGACAAGAUAGAGUUAGAGAGCAGCAGCCCGGCUUUCGAUGAAAAUGCCGAACAGAGGCCUCGGGAAUAUAGUAAGGAACUGGAGGCGCUGUGCGAGGAGCUGCAGGCCACCUUAGAUGGCUUGACCAAAAUACAGGUGAAAAUGGAAAAGCUGUCUUCAACUACCAAGGGAGUUUGUGAACUGGAAAAUUACCAUUAUGGGCAGGACAGCAAGAGGCCCCUCCUGUUUCACACGUGGCCCACAGCCCAUUUUUACGAGGCUUCCCGCCAGCUCUCGGACAUGUACGGGGCGGAGCUCCUCCUGAAGCGCACCAUCGUGGAGGAGCUGGCGCACACCACGGACCACGACCUCACCCUGACCUACUUGUCUCUGUGGCUGCACCAGCCCUAUGUGCAGAGCAACAGCAAACUGCUUCUGGAAAGCAUGCUGCUCGAAACGGGGCACCGAGCACUGUGACUCCUCCAACGGCUUAGCUCGGCCUUGUCUGCUCCACGGGCUUCCACAGUGCCCACAGUGGACAGUCUUGCAUGUGGGACCCAGGGCCGCACCCUAGCGUCAUGCCUCGGACUCUGGCAGGCCACAUGCUGACCUUCUUAGGGUUGUCCAGACUGGACCAUCUCACCAGCUCCCUGCAGCCUCUCCAGACACACUCGUUAACUGCUUCGUGCCACUCAGUGUCAUCCACAUCAUUGUGAACCUGUCAUCCAUGGGGACCUCAGCGUGAAAUAAGUGAUCCUCAACAGAAUGCUGGCAUGGUCCUGUUUGUGUGCAUCAGAUGUAUUUUACAUGGUUACAUCUGCGUAGGAAAUCUAUACUUAGCUGUAUUGUUUGAAUUUUUGAGACUAUCAGUUUUGUGAUUACAGCUAUUUUAAAAUACCAUAGAGUUAACUGGGCAAAGAUGGCAUCAUGGAAAUGAAACUCCCUAGCAAAAUAUUGCCUGUUUGCAUGCCGAGGAUGUGACCGGCCAGGUGUUGUUUCUUCCAUGUCAUUCUUCUAGCAUAAAUCUUAUAGUCCGGUGGUCUUUGCCUCCGGACAUCAGGGGGAUCAAUUCUGCCAUACUCCCCAGGAACAGAAGUCUAAGAACUUUGUGCUUUGGAAUAUGGGGUGUCACCUCAUGAAACUGAAGUUCUAGCAUCCCAGGAACAAGUGCUGCCCAGGGAAGGAAAGAAAAUACAGCAAAAAUAAAAGGCUUCAGCCCUGGCCGGUUUGGCUCAGCAGUUAGA